AUGUCGUUGCAGGUGUCUGGAUUGAUUGAAAAUCAGACGAAGACACAAGCUGCAAGCGCAAAAUGGUUCCAGUUUCGUGCAGGACGGAUCACAGCUUCAAAUGCCAGAGCGGUGUGCGUGACAUCCUUAACCGACCUCUCCAUGAGCCUCCUGCGACGCAUCUGUUAUCCGACAGAAUGCACAUUCUGGAGCGUCCAGACUCAGUGGGGCAAAGACCACGAGCCUGAUGCAAAGGCUUCUUACAGGAGCCUUUCUCGAGAGCGACACAUGCACUUGAAGUGUGAUCCAUCUGGAGUACACGUCUCAACUGAGCACCCGUUCCUGGCAGCCACCCCCGGCGGCCUUGUUAGUUGCUUCUGUUGUGGGCCGGGGCUCCUCGAGGUUAAGUGCCCUUAUAAAACACGGGAACUUUUUCUAGCACAAAUUGCAGCAACACGUGAUGGGUGCCUCACAUCUAUCGACGGAGAGCUGCAGUUAAAGCGGGAGCACUGCUACUAUUAUCAAGUGCAAAUGCAGAUGCUAGUCAGCAAGAGAAUGUAUUGUGACUUCGUUGUCUGGACCCUGAAGGACACAUUUAUAGAGCGGAUCUGCUUCAGCGAAGACUUCUGCGAUACAAUGCUUUCCAGAUGCAAGGAAUACUUUAGCACUGUUCUACCCCCAGAACUCUGCUUUGAGUACUGGACCAACAAAGAGGGCGAACAAGCUGCAGCAGUGGAUGACCCCAUGAGUGGAGACUCCGAUGAGCAAGAUUCAUUUUGCUACUGUGGGGGGCCAGAGUAUGGCGACAUGAUCCAGUGCCACGGCGAAAGCUGCAUUGGGAAGUGGUUCCGCUUUAGUUGUGUUAAAAUCAAACGUGCCCCCAAAGCACGAAAGUGGUUCUGCAAGAAUUGUGCCUCGUCGUCGCAACACUAACUUUUCUAGGGAUCUGAAUCAACACUGGGAUCCUUUAUUUUUUUGUGUGUGAAUUCCAACAGCCUAGUGAGAGUCUCCUGUAAAAGUGUAGCAUUACUAAGAAACAAGUGUGUGGUUAGCUGUGUGUACUUUUGUGGCUGUGUA